AUGGUCGAAAGCGACGCGUUUAACGGUGCCUUAAAAAAGAAUCCGUACAAUUUUCAACAUUUCAACGUAUCUUCCAUUGGAAUAACCGUGAACGGAGAAGAAAUGCCAUUUAAACCCUUGCAGCUUUCCUAUGGUGCAGCACCUAAAUACAUCGAAGCAUUCACCACACUGUUCUCUGGUACGGGGAAAAUGUAUCACAACACAGGAAACGAUAUAUCCCGAGAAGAAUUUCCAGAAGGUUACGCCGUGUACGCCUUUGAUUUAACACCGGACAUGUGUGGAGCCUCUCCUCAUUUUAACGUGGUGCAGAAAGGAAAUUUGGCCAUUGAUAUUCAGUUUUCCGCAGCGCCUGCAAAUGCUGUGAGUCUCGUAUGCUACGGAGAGUUUGAGAAUACCGUGCACAUUGAUUCCGAAAGAAACGUUGUCUACGAUUACUCGGGAUGA